AAUUCACCUGAUCAUCUCCUCUCUGCAUUUAUGCCUCCUGAGUGCCUGAGUUCCCAGUCGUAGCGAAAGUUGUUAGAAGAAGCUUAGAAUGAUGAGCUCGGAUAUGCUCUAGAUACGUUUACGAAUCUCUGCCCAAUUUAGACAAUUAGCAUCAGUAAGACAAUUGAGUGACGAACGAUUUUGGGCACAGCGGGCACAGUACUGUAUGGCCUCAGACCGCUCAAACUCAGUCAGUCUUACAUUUUCGGACCUUUGGAGAGCAUCUUGAUCAUCAGAAAAUCAUGAAUAGACUACGAUCGCAGUUGUACGCGAUCACACUGUCGGUUCUGCUACUAACGUCCGCUCUUAACGUCGAUGCAACGUCAUCCGAGCUACUCGAGUGUCCUGCCAACCGUGUCCUGGCCCAACGUUCCAAGCGCUGGAUCCUAAGCUAUCCCAUCAAUGGCGGUGUAGCGAAGAUGGUGUUUGGUUUUCUGGCUCCGAUACGAUUCCAUCAUCCACUGCCGCGCAGUUUGAACCUGUCGUUUAACGUGCAGGCCAACUAUCGCAUCCCGUCCAACAUUAUCUUCCCUCGUCCGGAAUCAAUAUUUAAAAAUCGUGCCAAUAAUGAGUACACCGAUACGUCCCGGAAACAGUUCUAUGAGAUGGUGGAACGCAUGCUAACCGGCUGGAACCGUAAUGGUCGCUCUUGCUUGUUGCGUACGAUUUGUGAGGUUGCCGAAGCGCCGUUACGACAUAGUGGGUUGAUUGGAGAGCUGUUUGAAGUAAUAUUCACACCGAACGAGACCGAUCAGUUGGCAAGGGAGUAUACGAUGGCACGUAAAUAUGGUGCGAAUGGCGUUGAUUGCAUGAGGAUGUACGCGGAUUGUCCUCUAGGGCAUGGUUUGCUCGAUACUAUCAGUGCGAUUCAAAUGUGAAAAAAAUAGUUAAUUAGUUAAGUGAUCUAGAUGUAUUGAAUAAUUUAAAUGAUACGUUGUACAAUCAAAUUAUUAAUUUGGUUGUAUUAAAUAUUACAUAGGUUAAAUAGAAACCUUUGAAGAAAUUUGCAAAACCAAAUAAAAAUUCACUGCGAGUUCCGAAUAGAAUCUAAUGAGGCAAACAACUCAAAAGAUUUAAAGUAAUCAGAUCUGAAACUUAUUCUUUAGAAUGUAUUAUUUAGUUUUGAUGUACGACUAGGGAUUCCUGCUUCCUGAGCCUCCCCUUGUUACUCUACUGGUAUAAGCAUUCGCUGCUUCAUUGCCUCUUUGCCAACCAUAGGAUCGACAAUCAGUAGCCGAUUAUUUAUUUGAAGGAUGCUUGUUCUGGUUAUAUUAUUGAAAUUCUAUAUCAAAAGGCAUGCAAUUAAAAGGGGCAAAAUUUGGUUGGCAAUGAAUGUAAAGCUUUGAUGAACUUUUUAAAAUUUAAAGGUCCUUAGAUUGAGGUACGGCUUCAGAGCCUAGAUGGGACACAUAGUUUCAAUAAAUGACUUACUAACCGUCAAAAAGUGCUCAUUUUAAGUGAUUGACAUUUGGGCGGUUUCAUUUUAGACAUGUUUUAGGAGAAUAAUAGUUUCUGCUCGGCUGUUUGAACCAUAAUUUAGUUAAAUGAACGCUAAAAUGUUUUGUCUACACUUGUGCACAGUUGUUUGUGCAAUGUACAAGAACAGUACAUCGUCUAGUUGAUCGCUAGAUCACAAGACCAUCGAAUAAAAAAUAUAGAUG